UUCUGUAAUUGGCUCUCUUCCCUCCCCCUUUUGGCCGAAUGGGAACAAUGUAGAGAAAGUUAAGGGUUGAAGGGGACGAAGAAGAAGAGGUGUCCCAUAUCCAUGUUCAAGAAUCAGACAAAACAAUGUUUAAUCAAAAUCCCCUUCCCAGAGAUAUGCAUCACUGGGCUGCACGUUCUGAAAAUUUUCCAUUUUCUAUUAUGGAUUUUCUCUCUGUCAAGAAAUUUAUAUAUUAUUAUUAUAAAUUUAAAUGUUAACGUUUCAUCGGCUUAUCAUAUCAUAAUAUAAUCCCUAAUUUCUCUAUAAUUACUAUAAUUAUCAUAUUAUUAUUCCUGCCUGCAAUGGCCAUCAGCAAUCUUUGACCCAGAACCAAGAAAGUUGACCAGAUUGAUGAUGGGACAUGAGGUUCUAGGUGGUGUGCCUCCACUCAUAUUUCCUACCAGGUUUUCUGCAUCCAAAGAGAGGGACGAGGAUGUGUUUUUGGAGAAGAGAACAAAAGUUGUGUCGACAAAAAAGAGUAGCAAAAAGGUUAAGAAGGGCUCCAAAGUUCGCAGGUCGCCUGUGGAAGCAGCCAACUUCAUAAUCAUGACAGAGCUUAGGAACAAGAUUCUUACCUUCAGAGACUUGCUGGAUUUAUCUCCUUGCAUUGGUUCUGCUUCUGUAAACCAGUUGUUGGUGUUGACCCUGAAGGAUCUGUACAAACUGUAUCCUUCCAUCAAGCCAAGAAUAAUUAGUAAUUCAGAGAUUGAAAAAGCACAAACAAACCAGGAACUGAAUUUCUUCUGUGAUGCUCUCGAUUCGAUUGGGAAAAUGUGGACACACGAUGAGGAAUGGAUGGAUAAUCGCAGAGAUGAUCUGCCCAACCUGGAACUAUAUGCACUGGGAUUGCUGGAAGAGAUUGUUAAGGUAGCGAGUGAAAGGGUGUUCGAUAUGUCAGAUGAAGAUGGUGAUGACAGCGAUUCGUCGAAUGCGGCAUCCGAGGAGGAAGCUUUGUUUGAUUCUUGUUUGGAUAUCAGAUCCUCUCUUUCUUCUUCUUCCCCAAACACCCCAACUUCAGUGCUUCCUGAGAUGGGUAUAAAGGCUCACUCUUCCUCCUCGUUUUUUAUGCCACUCAGAGUUGAAGCACUGGGGGGGAAACUUAAACCCAUUGAUUUAAAGCGCCUGUCGUUCGAAAUGGUCUCUCAUGUAGCGCCCAAGGAACCCAAUUAUGUGGUUAAUGAAAACACCACAUUUAUGGAAGAAGAAGAAGUAGUAGUAGUAGUAGAAGAAGCCAAGACUGAGGAAAAACUGGAUAAUUCUGCAGUGAAAUUGGAAGUAGUACUGCCACCGCCGCCGCCUCCUCCUCCACCGCCAUGUUCUAACAUGGCGGCGCCGCCACCUCCUCCGCCAACGCCAACGGCAAACGGAGCUUCACCACCUCCUCCGCCAGGGCCAAUGGCAAAAGGAGGAGCUUCAGGACCUCCUCCGCCUCCUGGAUCGCCUGGCGCCAGAAACCUACGCACCAAGAAAUCUACUAAAUUGAAGAGAUCGUCGCAAAUGGGGAAUCUGUACCGGCUUCUCAAGGUAAAAGUGGAAGGUUCCAGUUUAGACGGCAAAUCUGGGAGAAAGGGUAAGGUUGGUGCAGGAUCUGGAGGCAAACAGGGAAUGGCUGAUGCUCUAGCAGAGAUGACAAAAAGGUCAGCAUAUUUCCAACAGAUUCAAGAGGAUGUUAAGAACCAUGCAACAGCAAUCAUGGAGUUGAAAACAUCUAUAGCAACUUUCCAGACAGCAGACACGUCUGAGCUCAUUAAAUUCCACAAACAUGUGGAAUCCCACCUGGAAAAACUAACCGAUGAAUCUCAGGUGCUAGCAAGGUUUGAAGAUUUUCCCACAAAAAAGCUGGAGGCAUUGAGGAUGGCAGCAACACUGCAUUCCAAGCUAGAUGCCAUGGCCUCUACACUGCAGAACUGGCCAAUAGUCUCACCUGUCAACCAACUUCUUCAGAAAGCUGAGAAUUAUUUCAGCAAGAUAAAGCUGGAUUUGGACAAGCUAGAACAGACCAAAGAUGAAGAAGCCAAGAAACUUGCAAACCAUAAAAUCACUUUCGAUUUCUCCAUCCUCAUUCGCAUAAAAGAGUUGAUGGUGGACGUUUCAUCAAACUGCAUGGAGCUCGCACUCAAGGAGACGAGAGAAGUGAAGGAAAGAGAGGUGGCGGCGGCAGGUUCAAACUCACCCUGCAAAGAAGGCCACCGCCGGAAGGGGGAAUCCGCCGGGAAACUACUUUGGAAGGCCUUCCAGUUUGCAUACAGAGUUUAUACAUUCGCCGGUGGACAUGACGAGCGUGCAGACAAGUUGACAAGAGAAGUGGCGCGUGAGAUCGAGACGGACCCUCAACCUUAAAUCACUGUCGUAGCUAGCUGACGCAUUUUCACGUACUGCUUCUUGACCAUGCAUGUGAUAUGAUAUAAUAAGUGCAUACUACUUGUGUUUCCAUUUUGGCUUAACCCCAGCAUUACUAGGGGUAUAGUAUUUAUGCAUGUGGGGCUUCAUUUUCCACGUACGUCUUUUAACAUAUAAUGUAGCACCUAAAGGCUACAGGAGAGUAUUUUCUAGUUUUAGGUGUGUUUUCUCCUUAUAAAGAUGAUGCAUAUUUAAGGAAUAUAUAU